AUGGAAAUCGAGCUGGUGGAGCACUAUCUCGACAAAUUCGACGGUCGUCCGCACAGCAUUUUCCAUCCAGCCACCCUCCGCGCGCAGGUGCGUGACGGUGCCCUCAAACAAACUGUGCUGUACGCCAUCUGCGCCAUUGGAUGCAAGUUCUCGGCGAAUCCUGAGACCCGUGCUCAAGGGUUUUACUUGCUGGCGGAAUCGAAGCGACUACUCCAGGCGGAUCUCUCGAAUAUAUGUCUCGAGAACAUUCAAGCGUGCAUUUUGAUCGCGCUUUUGAGUGUUGGCCAUGGCGAAAGUGGUUCAGAGGCUUUGUUCUUUCGUAUCGCCACCGCCAUGGCUGAGAUCCUGGGUUUGAAUAAUUCUGAUUCGGAAACCGAAGUCUCCCUCAUCGAUAGAGAGAUAAGACGACGCAUUUGGUGGUCCCUGUAUAUGACUGAUUUGUGGUGCAUGUGUGGUCAAGGAUUAUACAGCCAACUGAAGCAUGUUGAGUCGACAAUCGACCCGCCCAUGAACGACAGUAUUUUCAUGGCGCUACGCCCCGAGCAAAGUUCCACCACCAACACCAACACCAACACCACCCCGCAAGGCCAUGGCAUAUGGUCGUGUCUUGUGACUCUUGUGCCGCUGUUCGAGCCUAUUCACAAGAUCAAUUGUGUCGUUGCAAAUGGUGAACCUCACAACCCCGAGCUGGACCAACGAGUCGAGCAACUUGCCUGGACACUGGAGGAUUGGAAGAACAGGUUGCCUGCCGAUGCACAGAUGAGCGAGGAAACCCUUCGCCAGCAGCAGAAAGCAGGCCUAGGUGGGUUGCUGAUUUCCCUACACUUGGCUUAUCAUCAUUACUCCAUCUUGCUUUAUUUCCGGUUCCUCGAUGGUCAACGACCAAUAGCCUCAAUCCAUCAGACAUACAUCACACGAUGCAAGUUCCAUGCUUCCUCCUUCAGCUCUCUAUUGCUCUUGUCUCGGCAACUGAAAGGGUGUGAUGUUGUAUAUCCCAACGUUGGCCAUAUGGCGACGGUCUCUUCUUCUGUCUUGGUCCAUACCUUACUGUUUGGUGGCGUGGAUGAACUUGAGAAAGUCAGUCAAGAACUUAACACAAACUUUGAAGCCCUGAUAGAACUCAAGCAAUUUUGGCCAUCGAUUUCUGCUAUGAUUGAACGUCUGAUCAUGUUUCAAGACAUGUGUCUUUUGUCAACAGAGCCUGCCCCACAUAAACUAGACGGGUGGAUGCUGAGGUUCUUGACCGAACACAGUCUGAACUUCGAUACCAAGAGUAUGGGAGCAAGUUCGUUAGGGUUGAAUGCGGAGGUGGCAAAGAUGUCAUCAAGAGCAAAAGAACUCGCGCAACAGGGACGGUAUCUGAAUCUACGCUCUGCGUGA